UAAUUUUGGGUAGUGGCUUUGCGAGCUUCCCGUAACGUUGUAACCUUAAUAGUUCUCAUUUAGAUUAAAUCGUGUUUAAUAGUCGUUAUUAAUGAGCCGACUGUGUCCUCCGAAAGAGUCUUAGCAGAUAUUUGUUGUAUAAACGCGAUAAAAGUGUCUAUAUUAUACGAAUUAGUGGUGUUCCAUCGCAGUGCCGGUUUGUUAUUGCAUCUACUUAGAAAGAAGAUUAUUAGGCAAUGGGAAACAUUCACACUUGUGGUCCAAACGAAGCCCUCGUUGUAUCAGGAGGAUGCUGCGGAUCAAUGAAAAAGAAGACAAUAGUCGGUGGUUAUGUUUUCACUUGGUGGUUCGUCACAGAUGUUCAACGAUUGUCGCUCGAAGUAAUGACACUAAAUCCAGUUUGCGAGAACGUCGAGACAGCCCAAGGAGUACCACUGACCGUUACCGGAGUAGCCCAGUGCAAGAUCAUGAAGGCCGACGAGCUUUUACAUACUGCCAGCGAACAAUUUCUCGGAAAGAGUGUCCACGAAAUAAAAUCAACUAUAUUGUCCACCCUCGAGGGUCAUUUACGUGCAAUUUUAGGCACACUCUCGGUCGAGGAGGUUUACAAAGAUCGCGAUCAAUUUGCUGCUCUCGUACGAGAAGUCGCAGCACCUGAUGUCGGCCGUAUGGGCAUAGAGAUCCUCUCAUUCACUAUAAAGGACGUUUACGAUGACGUUCAAUAUUUGGCGUCACUUGGGAAAGCUCAAACCGCAGCAGUUAAACGUGAUGCCGAUGUUGGUGUCGCUGAGGCCAAUCGUGAUGCUGGCAUACGCGAAGCCGAGUGCGAGAAAGCGGCAAUGGACAUUAAGUACAACACCGACACGAAGAUCGAAGAUAACGCGAGGCUCUUCCAAUUGCAAAAGGCUAAUUUCGAUCAGGAGGUCAAUACUGCUAAAGCCGAAGCCCAGCUUGCUUACGAACUACAAGCCGCGAAAAUAAGGCAACGAAUACGGAACGAAGAGAUACAGAUAGAAAUCGUCGAGAGGCGUAAACAGAUCGAAGUAGAGGAACAGGAGGUACGUCGAAAGGAACACGAACUUCAAAGUACUGUGCGAUUACCAGCCGAGGCAGAACAUUAUAAAAUUGGAAAAGUGGCCGAAGGAAAAAGAACGCAAACGGUGAGCGCAGCUAAAGCCGAGGCUGAGAGGAUUCGAUUAAUCGGAGAAGCCGAAGCUCAAGCUUUGGAAGCCGUUGGAAUAUCAGAAGCUGAACGUAUGCGGAUGAAGGCUGCAAUUUACAAGAAAUAUGGCGAGGCAGCGAUACUCAAUAUCGCUUUGAACGCCCUGCCGAAGAUCGCUGCCGAAAUUGCAGCACCAUUAGCAAGAAUAGAAGAGAUAGUUCUGUUAAGUGGAAGUGAUACAACGAGCAAUGAAAUCACACGUUUAGUGGGUCAGGUACCUCCAGCGGUUCAAGCAUUGACAGGUGUUGAUCUUUCAAAGGUUUUAGGAAAAAUACCAGGUGCAAAGUAAGACAUCACGCUUGAAAGAAGAAUACAGCGACCAGGCGAAUAAUUCGCCAGAAUUUCUUCAUAUUGGAACAAAAUCUUUACUGCCAAAGACUUCUCUGCUAAACUCUAUUAUUUACCGACGGUAUUUCACUUUUUCCUGUUUCCCGAAUCACUCUACCUCACGUUCAAAUGGAACGAAGUCGAAUAGAGAAAAAGAGAGAUAGAGAUAGAGAUAGAGAGAGGGGGAGGGGGGAGAGAGGGGGAGGGGGGAGAGAGAGGGAGGGAGGGAGGGAGAGAGAGAGAAAGAGAGAGAGAGAAAGAGAGAGAGAGGAAAGUACAUUUCAUUUUGUUUUAUAAAGAUGCGUUGAUUAAAAAUCGAUCGUAUUAUCAACAAACUAUCUCUAAUUUUUACGGACAGUGAACAUGCAACGCACAGUUAAUACUUUUGUUUUCUUUUUUUCUCAUUCUUCUUUUGUUAUUGUUGUUGUUGUUUUUCUUUUGUUCUUUUUCUUUUGUUCUUUUUUUUUCUUUUUUUUUUAAUCUUUCUUCCGAUCAAAAAGAUACUAUAUUUCUCUUAUUGUAUAGAAUUCGACUCACUCAAUCGCACUCGCAUAUCUCGUGUUUCUUCCUUCCGCAAAGACAAAACUAAUUGUUGUUUUUCUUUUCUUUGUUUAUUUAUUUAUUUUUUGUUUUUUUUAUUCCAACCCAGACGCGCACGUAUAUAUUGUAUGUAGCAAUUUAGAUAAGAAAACUUUUGAAAGGAGUAGAUCGAUCGAAAUUUGUAAACGUUGUUAAAUAUAGACGAUUUAACAGCGCGUAACACACGAGAAAACGUCCCGAAACGCGGCGAAUACGAAAAAUUUAUUUUCAUUCGCCCUUCGGACAUUUAGUAAUUAUAAAAUUAACUAGCCACUGAUAUUACGAAGUAGCGAUCGAAUGGUAACGCCAUUAAUAAGUUUACAAGUCUAUUGUGAUUGAAAUUUUCGAUCAUUGUGUUCAACCUAUGGUAUAUGAAUAAAAUUAAAUCAAAGAAAAGAGAAAGGAAAAAGAGAAAGCGUAGAAACGUGUAUGGGAUAAGAUUAUGUCGGAUACUUUUUUUAGGCAUUUGUAUAUACUUAUUUAAGCGAUCAUAUGCAUGUAUGUACAUGCGUACAAAGUGAUCGAUUUAAAGCAAAGAUUUAUCGUAAAAUAAAUAUUUUGGAAACUUCGACGAACCGGAAAGAGGAACGUAAUUAAGUAAGGAGGGAAAGAGGAAACAAAAAAAAGAAAACGAAAGAUAAAUGGAGAGAAAGGAAGAAGUAUAUAUAUAUAUAUAUAUGUAUAUAUAUAUAACUUUGAUUUCUCAAUGAUUAGAUUUCAAUCGUCGAAGUGAUUCCAUUAUCUCGUAAUGUACAUGACUUUAAAUGAAACACUUUGUACGAUAGUGUUAACCGAAGUCUCCGUUUACGAAAUAAGAGAUACUUUAUUCUAAUUCGUCGUGUUAAAAAAUCUACACUGCAUGCUCUUGUACUACGUAUCGGAACUAAUACGGCUUUUCAAAUGGGUAAUAACAUAUUCCGAGCAGAACAGUGCCAAUCUGUAUAUACCGAUAUGAUCUUAAUAGUGAGAAGGAAAAUUAGAAAGGAUAAUGAGAGACACACUGAUCGAAACUAGGAUCUGAUAUUUUUCACAUAGAGAGAAUGGAUCAUUAAAUCUUUCUCGAAUACAUCGUAUGUAUUCUAUAUGUAGAUACAUCUUUGAAAGGGAAAUUGGGAGUCAUAAGAUUGUCAGCCAUAAAUAAGUCUUCCCAAAAGUAAAAGAAAAUAAAACAAAACAAAAAUAGCGGAUUUACGGCAGUACAAAAGAAAAAAAAAGAACAAAAAGAAAUAAUAAAAUAAAAUAAAACCAAGAUGUCAUUCUCAAUGACAUUGAAAUUAAUUAAGCGAUAAAAUCGUAUAUGCGACCAAAUGAGACGAAAGGACGUAAAUUCACUGAAAAUAAUCAAAUUAUACACUCCCUUCGAACAUCGUAUAGCCCGUAUAAAAGAAUGCGAAAAAAAAAUAAAAAAAAAAGCAAAAAAAAAAGAAAAUAAAACAAAAAGAAGAAAAAUAUUUUUUAGCGAACAAUUAGCGUGAUCGUUCCGAUACAUAGUAAAAUACGAGCUAAAAAUUUGCUUAACACUAUAUAUAUAUGUAUAUUUAUAUGUAUAUUUAUAUAUAUAUAUACACUAUAUAUAUAUAUUUAUAUAUAUAUAUAUAUACACUAUAUAUAUAUAUUUAUAUAUAUAUAUAUAUACACUAUAUAUAUAUAUACACUAUAUACAUAUAUAUAUAUAUAACACUAUAUAUAUAUAUAUAUACAUAAAUAUACAUAUAUACAUAUAUACAUAUAUACAUAUACACUUAGUUGUAAAAAUUCGAGUUGAGAAUAAUAAGUUCUCGCACGUAAGACAUGCACACACAUACAUAGACACAUACACACUCACGAGGUGUCUUUAAAAAGAUAAUUUUAAAUAAAGGAUUUAGAUCAGAUCUUUAAAGGUAUUCGAUUAUAUCAUCGAAUGUCCAAACGACGGUGAAAAUUCGAUCAAUUCCGUCAAAGAAGAUACUCAAGCUUGGAUAGCUUAAAAUAAUUCGACGUUAGCUUACCCAUGUUAAAAAUAAUGUCAUCAAAGUUUCAAUCAUCACUUUCAAGAUCGCUCUAACUAAGAAUAAAUGAAUAAAUUUUAAACAAUCAUUAUUUUCUAUUUGGACUUUCUUUUAUUAUUUUUCAAGUUGAUCAUAUAACAGUAUCCAUAUUGAUCUUUUACAUGUCUUCGAUUCAUUUUUUCUAUUUUUUCAUUACCUUUGUAGCCCUUUCGCUAGAGCUAAAUCAUAAGCUUGUUCUUGUCGAUAAACAAUAUUAAAAUUAUAUGAUGGCAAAAUGAAAAAUUCAAAAACAAAAGAAACAAAUGAUUAUAUGCGGUCGAAAAAAGUACUCGUGUAUCUAAAAUAACUAAUAUAUUUUCAAAUGAGAAUAUAUUAUAUCUAAAUAUAUGAGCGCUAUUUAUUGAACGUAUAUAUCAGUCUGUAAUAUAUGAAGAGUUUAAUAUAUAUAUAUAUAUAUAUAUAUAUAUAUAUAUAUAUAUGCCUAUAGUAACGAAAGGGUUAAUCGAUAUAAUGCUAAUUUAAAUGAUAGAAUCAUUUUUGCUUCUCGAUUAAAAAAGGUAAUACAUGUGAUUUAAUUUUUGAAAAUAACGAUUGUACACAAAAUGAUAUUUAUAUAUUAUAUUAUACAUAAUUAAACACGGACUCGUUCGAGCCUAGCUAAGCCAAUUAUUUACGUUUAACGCUAUAAAAUCUGUAUUUCUAAUGCAGUAAUUUAGUAAUUAGUUUUAAGAUAUUAAUUUUGUCGUUUUAUAUCGAUGUACUACUCUCGUUGUUAGUAAAACGGUCUUAUUACUACUAAUCCGUCUAAUGAGAUAAUAUAUAAUCAUUAUUAUUAUUAUUAUUAUUAUUAUUAUUAUUAUUAUUAUUAUUAUUAUUAUUGUUUUUUGUAUCAUUGUAACUAACAAAGAGAGCAUUAGGAAUUGCAUGUAUUUGAUAAACAGACCGUUCUUAUUAUACUCCAAAUAUAAAUUCCAAGUAAGAUUAUAUAUUUUACAUUUAGUAGAAAAGAUUAUUUUAAUAUUAAUAUUAUUAUCAUUAUUAUUAUUAUUAUUAUUAUUAUUAUUAUUAUUAUUACUAUUAUUAUUAUUAUUAUUAUUAUUAUUAUUAUUAUUAUUAUUAUUAUUAUUAUUAUUAUUAUUAUUAUUAUUAUUAUACAUUCCCCUUGGUUUAUUUUCAUGCACUUUUAUUCUUGGAUGAUGAUGAUGAUAAUGAUGAUAACAAUGAUGACGACGACAAUGAUAAUGAUUUAAUGACACAUAAUAAUUAUAAUUCUCUGUAUAACACAAAGUACGACAUAUAGGAUGAUCGCGUGAUUUA